UUUUUUUCCCCCUACCCCUCGUAUUGAGGCCCCGAAUACAACAAACAACACGCUGAAAAUACUCACGCUUCAACUCUCCAACUCUUGUCUUUUUUCUUCUCCUUUCUUUCCCCACUCUCCCUGCUCUUUCCUCUUUCGUUACACAUCUCCAACAUCUCCAACAGCCAUGUCGUUCACCUCAUUACGUUCGUUGUCCUCGAGGGCAAUCAAGAUCUCCCACUCCAAGAAUGCCGCCUUCCAGUUCAGCCGUGCCUACACCGUCGCGACCUCCCCCGCCAAAUUUGCGACGAUUGACGAAAGCCCAAGGGCCCAGACGCAGAUGGCCUUUGGACGCGAACUCUCUGCCGCUGCCUUGAAUGCCCAUGGAGAGCUUCGUUAUGAUUGGAAGAAGGAGGAGAUCGACGCGAUCUAUCACUCACCCAUCAUGGAGCUGCUCUACCACGGAGCCAAUGUCCACCGCCUUCACUUUGAUCCCUUGGCUGUCCAGCAGUGCACGCUCCUGAGCAUCAAGACCGGAGGAUGCAGUGAAGACUGCAAGUACUGCCCACAAUCUUCGAGCUACUCAACCGUCGUCAAGGCCCAGAAGAUGCUUGACACGGAUGAGGUCCUGAACGCGGCCCGUGCUGCCAAGGCCGCUGGAUCGACCCGUUUCUGCAUGGGUGCUGCCUGGAGAGACUUGGCGGGUCGUAAGAGCAACUUCAAGAAGAUUGUCGGAUUCGUCAAGGAGAUCAGGGCCAUGGACAUGGAGGUGUGCUGCACAUUGGGUAUGUUGAACGAUGACCAGGCCAACCAGCUCAAGGAGGCCGGAUUGACGGCAUACAACCACAACUUGGACACCUCAAGGGAGUACUACCCCAAGAUCAUCACGACGCGCUCGUACGAUGAGCGCCUGGAGACGAUCUCGAAGGUCCGUGAGGCUGGUAUCUCUGUCUGCUCUGGAGGUAUCAUUGGUUUGGGCGAGACGGACACGGAUCGCGUGGGUAUGCUCCACACGCUGUCGACGAUGCCCGCGCACCCGGAGAGUGUUCCCGUGAACGCGCUGUUGGCGGUUGAGGGUACUCCGUUGGAGAAGCAGGAGCCCGUGAAGGUGUGGGAUAUGAUCCGCAUGAUUGCGACGGCGCGUAUUGUGAUGCCAAAGACGAUGAUCCGGUUGUCGGCCGGACGGGUUCGAUUCUCGGAGGCGGAGCAGGCCCUGUGCUUCAUGUCGGGCGCGAACUCGAUCUUUACGGGAGAUAAGCUGUUGACGACGCCCAACAACAAGUUUAAUGCGGACCAGCAGAUGUUUGAGACGCUUGGAUUGGUGCCAAAGGCGGCGAGCUUCAAGGUCGAUCUGGCAGCAGAAUCCGAGAUCAAUACGGAGAAGAAGGAGUGCUGUGGACACAGCCAUGCAUAAGCACGAUGGUUGAGAUGCUCUGGUUGAGAGAAAACAUUGAGAGGGAAGAAGGACGUUAGAAAAUCAAGAACAUGAUGAGAGGCAAUAAAAAAAGAGAUUC